UCUCGUGAUCCCAGUUUCACUAUACUCACAUGAGCUGUUACUCUCCCACCCCAUCUUCUACCUUGCCCAUCAUCCCCUCCUUCCCUUCGACGGGCUCUCCAUCCAAACUCCCACCCAAAAUGAGCGCACUAGACUACCUCGUCGACUUCGCAGCGCUCAUGGGCACCACCACCACGACCACCACGGAGCCCCCGCAAAACACCUCCAGCAACCUCGACCCCUUACCUACAAACGAAUCAACAUCGGAAUCAACAGCAGCUCCGCCGGCGCCAGACAUACAACCCCACCGCAACAACCUCCCCCCGCAGCCCCAGACGCCCUACACCACACAACAACCCACCAUGCACCAAUCGCCAGAAUACCAAAACACACAAAUCUACAACACAUCAGCGCUGAAUCACUACCCGGAUAACUGGCCCAUCAUGCCCUCCCAAGAAAACUUCCAUCCGCAGUCCCAAUCCCAUCCCUAUUCCCAGCCCUCUGACCCGUAUCAAUUCCAAUACCAAUACGACUACGACUACCAAACCUACCCCCAAGACCUACACACUACGUAUUUCCCCCUCCCCGACCCUGUCGUGAAACAAGGCUGGACGGACGAAAUGGGCGUUUUUUACGAUGUGCGGGGUUUCGGGGAGGUGGUGCCGGUUGGUGUGAGAUAG